AUGCGCUUUGCCUGGCCGCCGGAGCUGCCAACACGCCCGGCGGCGCCCCGCGCACCGAGAGCGCAGGGCAGCGAGUGGACGGCACGUGUGGUGCUGAACGUGCAUGCGGCAGGGCUGUUGAUCGGUCGCGGCGGCAAGCGGAUCAAGAUGCUUCAGGAGGACUCGGGCGCCCAGAUGCAGUUCUUCCAGGGCACAGAUGCCCCAAAAGGCUUCGGCGAGGAGGACCGACUGGUAGAGCUCAGAGGGCCGCCUGUGGAGUUGCAGGACGGCCUGGAGCUGCUGCUCUCCGAGCUCGCGAGGGUCCCUGAGGCUUUGGCACCGCGCUGUGCGCAGCUGCUGGUCCCAGAAGACUUCAAGGAAGAAUGCUGCGAAGAGGCUCUCAAGUUUGGCGCCACCAGAGCAACCCUGGGGGCUGCCUUGGGCGACGGCGAGCGUCUCCUGGCCCUGGAGGGAGACACCGCUGCGGUGCGCGGCACGGCUGCGGUGGCGGUCACCGCGAUGCUUUGCAGGCGCCUUUGGAAGCCGGGGCAACCUCCCCCGAGCUACCGUCGACGCGAGGCGCUGAGGUCCGACUCGGAGCCGCGACCUGCGCUCCCGUCGCCCCUGUUUGCCAGCGCAGAGAAGGCGGCCCAACUGAUUCCCUGGAGCUUGGGGAAGCCAAGAGUCCGACGCGACGAUGGAGCUCAGAACUGCCCUGGCAGCCCCCCACGCCAGAAGGAGGACUCGAGUUUGCCGAAAUUUCCCACAAAACCAACUGUGGCAGAGGAUUUCGACCAUCUUUUUUUUGUACGUAGGUUGGUUCCGAUCUCUCCAGGGUUCGACUCUAAGAUCUGGAUUGCCAGACCCGAAGCCCUGGAGGGCCUCGCCCAUAUGCUCACGGAUGCUGCCAAACUGCUAAUCCCUGAUAUGCUGACUGGGAAGCCAAUCGUCCGUGGGGAGUUCUGA